CAAGUGGCCACCCCCACCGUUGUGAAGAAGAUCUUACGAAUGAAGCAAGAACAACCGACGAUGUUCGCUUGGGAGAUUCGAGAACAACUGGCGCGGCAAGGAGCUUGCGAUCCUCAGAGCUUGCCCUCGGUUUCCUCGGUAAAUCGAAUCCUUCGAGGCGGUGGACUUCAUACGGAUCACACGGGGAUCGAGGGUAGUUCGCCGAGCACGUACGCCUCGCAGGUUUCCUCAAACGUCGCCAACAGAGACGCGCUCAUGAGAACGGAUUACCAAUUAUUUUAUCCGGGAUCACUGGGACCACUGCACAUUUCCACGACUUCCGGUAAUACCAGCGCGCCAUCUUGGAAUCCGAGCUUUUACUCGUCUCUUUAUCAAGCGACCACGCUGCACUUGCAUCACGGGAUGCAAUCAUUCACAUCGUUAGACGUGGAACGUUUGUCGGAGCAGAGCGGGCCAACGAAUCAGGUCGACUUGAAGUCUAACUCGAGCUCGAUGGCUGGCAGCGACGAUUCUCUGGACAAGAGCGACCUGGACGAGAACACGGAGUCGCAGGAUCAUUACAAACCGUUCCAAAACUCGCCUAUAAUUCUGGAACUCGGCCAGAAGAUCGGCAGCGAUCGUAGCGCGUUCGUGAGACACAGUACGUCCGGCUGCUCCGGGAGUUUGGAAAAUCGGCAGAGCCCGUCGCCGACAAACGGCGACAAGCAGAAAGUAACGUCGUCGCGAGUCUUGGAAACAGGGAACGAGCAGAGCACCAUGGCCAAAGAAGCGGCG